AUGCCAAACGCAGCAACCUCGCCCUCGUCAGCCGCAAGAGCAGCUGAUGCGUCGCCGCCCUCAUCGCCUUACCUCUCGGCCGCCCCGUCGUCGUCCUCAAAAUCCAAGCCAAAGGUCCGCUUCUCGAGCCUCAAGGAUUUCGCAGCCUAUAGAUCCAACGGAGCCAUCAGCGACGGCUACGGAUCCAGCGGCCCUGUCAGAAGCUCAACAGCGCGCCAUGCCGGUACCAAGUCGCCCAAUGCCCGCGUAGCACCGCUUGACAAGGGCAAGUCGAGAGCGACCCGAGUCGAGCCUCUGGCCUUGGACGACGACGACGACGAAGAAAACGACCUAGACCGUACGCGUGUACCGCCCAGCAGACCUUCAGUUUGCCCGAACCCGGGCGCUCGCAUCUUGCGCUCCAGUCCGCGUUCCUUUGAGCACCUCUCUAUCCCUCUCCCACCCCCUCGUCCGGUGCCGUCGCUCUCGUCACCUUCUGCACUGCUUCAGCCCAGCUCGGCCGCCGGAGAUAGGACACACCGCGUCAUCGGCGGCAGCAGCAGCGGCAGCUCCUUGCCAAGCCCCAGGCCAGCGCGAUCCGACGGGACCAGGAUCGAGGUGGUGAUUCCCGCUGCAACCAACGGCUCAAAAUCGGCGCCGUCGUCGAAGCAACAGCCGCAGAAAGCGAGUCAGUCUUCGGAUCUCACUUCUAUGCCCUCUUCCAACGACCCUACGGCAUCUCCAGCAGCGACUCAAGCUAGGCCGAUCUCCUCAUCCUAUGGAGCCUAUGCGCCCGAGGUCGUCAUACCGUGGAAGCAGACCUCUAGACGCCUACCGCCAUCAUCCCCGAGCCGUGGCAGCGACCGCAACCAGACGGUCGAAAGACCCGACAGUGUGCCGCACCAGGGCGACAGCGCACGGGACAGCAGCGAUCUGGACAAUGACGACGACAGCGCCCGAGACGAAGGCGUCUCCGACGGAAGUGAAGCGGAAGGCAGCGCUGCAGAAGGGAGCGCCCGAGGCAGCAGCAUCUCAGUCGUCGAUGCCGAGAACAGGUCGAUGGAGAAAGCCUCGCCUGGACACGCACGUCAGACCGAGGCCGCGACCACUUCCGAUGCUCGGCCAUCGGCAGCUCUUGAAGCUGCGGCGCGGAUCAUGGCAGGCCACCUCGAGCGGCAUGAUAAUGGCAGCUCGGCCGAGGACAGCGAGCGUGAGCAGCAGGGCGCACGGAGGUUGAGGGAGCGCAGGACCAAGAUCUCCUACCACAUACCAAGACUGGACGAGGAUUUCAGCUACGACGACCCGCGCUUUGUCCGCUCCGCACCAUCCGCCAUGGCCGACAAGAGCGCCCCUCAAAAGAAGGACGGCAGCACCCGAUACCGCUUCCCAGUCGUCAUAUACCCUCCCGAGCUCUGCAAGCCUCGCAAAGUCGACCGGGAAAAUCUGGUGCCACCUCCCCCGCUUGAGACGGCGAUGGUCGAUCCGUACUUCUUGCGCCGCGACGAGCAGGGAAAUGAGGUAAAAGUGCCGAGGAACAUUGCACUCAGGGACGUGUGGUCCUUCCACCCGGCGCCCGGUGGCGAGGCGAUGGACCUCUACCCGCGGCCAGAGCCGUCUGCGCCUCGCUUCGAGCCACUGAAGCCAACUCUCUUCGGGCCUUCUGGCAAAUCCGGCGCUGCUACUUGCACCUCGAAUCGGACGUUGACUCAGUCAUGGAGCGCGCGCCUGCAGCGUCCCGUCGCCCCGGCGCGGCUCUCCCGGCUGUUUGCGAGGACGUCUUAUUCGGAAGCUCCUCCGCUGUCUCAGGCGUCGACGACUGCCUCGGACGACUUCCCCAGCAGCAGCCAGCUGAGCUCGUCGCCUCGCAAGCAACGCCCCACCAAAUCUCUCUGGCCGCCGGACCCACGCCGUCAGGCCCAGCACGAGCUCGUGGAGCUGCUCCGCGACGAGGAGCGGGAGGAAGAGGAGAGGCUGGAGAACUACGUUCGGCGCAACAAGUUGCUCGCCCGGCUGGAACAGCAGCAAGCGCUUGUCGAGACCCGGCGGCAGCGUCUGCGCGUGACGCUGUCCCGUCCAAAGAAGCCGCCGAUACCUCACUUCGGGUCUGCAGCUGCCGUCGAGGCGACCGAGGCGAGUCCAGUCUUGUCUCCCCUAUCGCCGGCGCCCUCGGAAGCGCAAGCGGGACAGAAGCGAGCAUGGUCGGUCAUCUCGGUUGCGAGCUCACGCGAAGAGCAGCCUAGCCGCAAUGGCGAAGCGGGAGGCGAAGCAUCUGAAGACGCCAUCGCAUCUCGGCCGUCGCUUCGACGCCCGCCGGAGCCCAAGAAGCUGCGAGUGGCCGACUCGUCGCAAACCUCCGAAGAUCGCGGCGCGUCUGAGCCGAGAGUGGCGACGCAGGUCAGUGGACCCAGCCUGCUCGCGCAGGGCGACGAUCAUCAGCCCGUGCCUGGCGCUGCGGAGGUGUUGAUCGAGGGCGCAUCCGCGGACCAGGGCGCAAGACGGGUCGCCGGCGUAUCUUCCAGCGACGAAAGGCCUCCGCAGUCAUCAGGCGACGCUUCGCUCACGGCAGGCAUUCGCGGCCUCAGUCAGUGGUACAAUGUCCGUCAGCCUUCCGAGCAUCCGGAUAGGCGCAUGGCAUCGUCGCCGACGACCAGCCAAAGUCCCUCUGGCGGCAUCAAGGGCCUUAGCCAGUGGUACCAGGCGCCUCGAGGGGAAGAGAACACGAAGCAGGACGACAACAAAGUCAGCCACCCGGGCAGCGCCGACAACGGCACCGGAAGCGCUCGAGUGGACGACGCGGCGAGCGCUGACGGGGAGGAAGCCGACGAGCUGGCAGGCGAUAGCGACGCUGCCGGAAACGACGACGGGGACGAGGAGAUGCCCGAUGCGGGAGCAGACGACGCUCGAUCCUCUAUCAGCAUCGACGAGCCGGACGAAGACCCUGUGCCCGCCAUCGUCGUGAGCACGUCGACGUCGUACGCGCCAUCGUCGAGCUCGCGGUCGCCAAGCGCCGAGGUGCUCGGUACGGCUGGGGCCUCGAUCGCCAACGAGUCAGUCCCCACCGGCUGGCAGGGCGUGAGUCAGUGGUACACCCACAGGAGCCACGAGCUCGUCCGCCAGUCCAAGGUCGACAGUUUCUUCAAGCCGUUGCCGCGCUCGAAGGCAGCUGAAGGCGAAGGUGCGGCUUCCCAUGCUACAGAAGCCGCCCACUCUGCCGCGCCGACCAGCCUCGAUGAACAUGCAAGCGCUGCGCAAGCCGCCGAAGCUGGUGCUGGCGCACCGGAUCUCCAGGCAAACGGCAGCACGAGCGAGCAUGGAGAGAUCGCGGAAGCGACAGCGAGCGAUCAACCGACAAUACCGGAAGUCUCGCUGCCAUCGCCGUCAGCCCCGCCGGAUGCCCUGUUCCUCGGCAGCGUGUCGCCGGAUGAAGAAUCGGCCGAGGAUCCAGCUCACGACGCCGGGUCAGCUGAGAGGUCCUCGCCUCUUCGGCGGGGUGGCUCGACCUCGAGCGACGAGGCCGCUGUCGCAGCACAGCUCCAUCAGCCUGCCGGGCCAAUGGAGCCUAUUUCGACGUCUAUCCCGGCCGAGCUGCCACAGCCGUCGCAGCGGCCGGAUUCUGCCGAACAGAACGGCGAUUUUGGUCCGGCCGCACCGACUGCUGUCGAGCGUGCGUCGCGAAUGGCGGACUUGGAGACCAUCAGCAUUCCCUCCUCACCGGGACUCCCCUUGGCGCCGGCUGCCCAGGCCGUUUUACCGGCAUCGUCUCUGGCCGCCGUGGUCCAUGCGGACGACACCGGCUCGCGUUCGCGCUCCUCUUCGGUGCCCCGGCGAGCGGUGCGGCCCAUCGCCAUCGCUCCGUCGUCUUCGUCGUCGUCAUCUCUGUCGCCGCCACCCGACCUACCUGUUCUGCGAGCGGCGGCUGCCACGGCGUCUUCCACUGCGACCAACGGUGCCCCCGUUUCGGGUGCAGUCUCUCCUGCGACAGGCUCCGGCCAUGGCGUUGUCACCGCCCCAGCCCCGCCGGGACGGGAUCAGUCUACCGCUGCUGCAACGGUUCACCAGCGCGCCUCGCCCCCUCAAGUCGAGGCUUCUACCUCGACAUUGUCAGCGCCUGUGACGCCGGCGGUCCCUCCUCAUCCCGAAUCGGGUGCAGAUGCACAGGAGCAGGAGGAGGAGGAGGAGGAGGAGGAGGAGGAUGAGCUAGCCAGCAGCCCGCCGCAGUCGCCGCCGGACGAGGCGGCCGACGUGGAGCCGUACCAGAUCCGGGAGCUGAGCAACUGGUUUUCGGCGGCAUCGUCGGCGGCUGAGCGGACCGAUCCGAUGGGGCUGCAGCUGCAGCGGCGCAAGGAGGCGCGACAGCGGCGAAGGGAGCAGGAUCGACAGCGGCGACGCGAGGAGGAGCAGGAACGGCACCGCCAGAGGGAACUGGCUCGAGCCGCCCGGGAGGAGGAGGAGGAGGGGGAGCGGCAGCGGCAGCGACAACAGCAGAUGGGCGCGAUCCAGAGUACCUCGAUCCAGGUUGGGGGCAAGACGAUCGAGGUCCUCGACUUGACCCUCGAUUCGGACUAG